GAGAGCUGCUUCGUUCUCUCUUCCUUUUUGAAAUAGGACAUUAUCUAAAGGCAAUGCAUUCAUUUUUGUCUUCUUCUACUCCACAUAUAACUCAUUGAUUUGCCUGUUUGCAAAGAUGGAGGGCUUUGCUGAUCUCCUUACAGAUGCAUUUUCAGAGACAUCAAUUCCCGAUGGAGAUUUGGACUUUGAGAAUUUAAAUUUGGAUGAAAAGUGUGAUGAAGACGAAAACUUAACAACAGAGACAGACGGGGCUCUGCUCCAGGAAGCAGCUGAGGAAACUGCAGUUUUGUUUGGCAAGGAAGCUGAAGAUGAAGUCUGUGAAGAUGAUAGAAGCGAUGAGGAGGACUUUGCAGGGGUCAGAGCACCAGAGGAGGAUUACACAAGCUCAGAUGGAGAUUCUGAACAGGAGGAUUCUGUCUCUGGAGAAGAUGAAGAUAAUGAAGAAGAGGAGGAGGAGGGACGGGCAGAGGAACCGGGGGAUUUGUUGAUGUCUGUUCGCUGCGACGAUGAGCUCCACGAUGAUGAUAAAGAGGACAGGAUCUUUGCUGAGGGACAACCUCUGGCCCCAGAGGCUGCUGAAAAUCCUCAAGUUAGAAACGAGGAGCAAGGUGAGGCUGAGAGCGAUGAGGAGGAGGAGGAGGAAGAAGAGGAAGAGGAGGAAGAGGAGGCCUAUUUUGGGAGAAUCCCUGAAGAUGGCGGUGAGAUGACGAUAAAAGGUGUUGGAGCUGAAGAGGACGAGCAAGAAAAGGUAGAAGAGAAGCAAGAAGAUUCAUCUGAUCCUGAGUGGGAGGGCAUGAAAAUCGAACAGGAAGAAAACACUCAGGAGGUCGAAAGUCCGUACGGGGAUGAGCCUGCGAAGGCCGGCUCAGCGUUUCCGUCCAUAUCUCUGCAAAAUCUGCAGGAUCUCAUCGCUGAAGUUGACAGCAAGGAAUGUGUGGAGAAAAUGAAGGAUUUCUCAGGGGAGGAGCACCAGGAGGCAGGUGAGAGCUUUGCAGAUUAUCCCUCGGACUUUUCUUCUUGUGAAUACGCAGAAGAUGGAGGAAAAAGUCAGGAGAGCAAGAAAAAUGCCUCAGUUUGUGCGUCUGAAUGCGAUUCAGAUGCACGACAGAAGGACUCGGGUCUGGAAAGAGAUGUGGCAGAUUUAACAUGUGAUGAGGAUGCCGAUAGGAAGGAAGACGAGGAUCUGUACAGCAGAGAUUUAGAGAUGGAGACUGAUCGGUUGAUGAGUCUGAAUGGACAGGAAACUGAGCGUUUUUUGGGCAACGAUGAUGGAGAUGAUGCAGGUGAGAGCGACUCCUACAGCUCCAGCGAAGAUGAGUUCCAACCGAGGAGGAACAACGAAGAACCUUUAGACAACAUGUGCCUUCAAGAUCCUGAAAACAACAACCCUGAUGUCGGCAGCAGCACCGAAGACCAUCAGAACACCAGAGCAGAGCCGGCAGAUUACCUCAGCUGGGAGUUUGACGUGUUAAAAACUGACAACCUUCUGUCUGAGUACCUGUUUGAAGACCCAGAGAAGGCGGGAACACCUUACGAAGACGCAAAUCGGCAUCCGGAAGAAGACGACAACUGUUACUCUGUGGUACAAAGAGAGGACAGCAUGACCACGAGCUCCUCCUACCAGGGUUCCCUCGAUGACGACUUCUUCUUCAACUCCGGACUCGAGGCCUCGGGCGUCACCGAGGUGGGAGCGCUGGGAGAAGACGAGUACGAAGAGGACAGGAACUGGGAACAAGAGCAGGAGAGGAUCAAGGCUUUCUACAAGUUUUACGAUGACAGCGACGAGGAGAACGGAAAAGAAGGGAGGCAGAUAAAAGUUCAGUUUUGCACGGAUCCAUUAUCUCGAGUUAUUCGCUAUGAAACUGACAGCAGUGAAAGAGAUUCACUCAGCAGCUCUUCUGACCGGGAGGAAAACCCGAGCUCUACAGAAACAUCUGACGAACCGAAGGAACCUGAAGAGGUCCAGCAAAUGAAACCUGCCUGUGAUCCUCCAAACAUGCAGCAAGCAGAGACCAAACCAGGCGUCAGCACCACACAAACCUGCACAGGAAAACACAAACGCCUCGACCUGCUGAAGCUGAUGCUGAAGAUGGGUCUGGUGACGGCGACGGGGCUCCUCAUGUUCUGGUUGACCACAGACCAAGCCGACUGGAUCAGAGAGAUCUUCUUCGUCUAGUUCUCAUACUCAUAUUUUUCAUUUUUCAGCUGUUAAAACUUGUUUAUAAGCUUACACAUGAUUGAUUUGUAAAGAAGUAAAGCUCCAGACAUUUAAACUUCUGCAGGACUCAAACAUGUAUUGUUACUUUUAAUAUGCAACUGUGUGUUUAAUAAAGAUCUCUUUUUUUAAAAGUGA